UCCCACAUGUAAGGCUGGAAAGGCCAGCAGAGAGACGCAGCCUGUGAGAUCCCAGCAGAAGAUCCGCGAUGGCAAGAAGGAGACGAGGCCGAAACAGCAACAACCACCAACACCAACAGACCCCACAGAACCGGAAAGGAGGAGACACCAGAAAGGCUCUGCGGGAUCCAGCACAGUUUGCCAAACCAAAUGGUUAUGAGACAGACAUCCCACUUGAAAAGCUGACUAUUGCUCAAGCCCGGAAAGGAACGCCAGCUCGACGGCCGGUGAGAGUCUACGCUGAUGGAAUCUUUGAUCUUUUCCAUUCGGGACAUGCCCGGGCCCUGAUGCAGGCCAAAAAUGUUUUCCCAAACACUCACCUGAUAGUAGGAGUGUGCAGUGACGAACUCACCCACAAGUUUAAAGGCUACACUGUGAUGACAGAAGACGAGCGCUAUGACGCUCUCAGACACUGUCGUUAUGUCGACGAGGUGGUGCGGGAUGCUCCUUGGACACUUACACCAGAGUUCCUCCAGAAACACAAGAUCGACUUUGUGGCCCAUGAUGACAUUCCUUACACAUCUGCUGGGUCAGAGGACGUUUAUAAGCACAUUAAGGAAGCAGGAAUGUUUGUGGCCACCCAGAGGACUGAAGGCAUCUCCACCUCUGAUCUGAUCACCAGGAUCGUCCGAGACUAUGACAUCUAUGUCCGGCGGAACCUGCAGAGAGGAUACACAGCUCGAGAACUCAAUGUUGGGUUUCUUAAGGAGAAUAAGUAUCGUCUCCAGAAUCAGGUGGAUAAGAUGAAAGAGACGGUGCGAACAGUGGAGGAAAAGUCGAAGCAUUUUGUGAACAAAGUGGAGGAGAAGAGCCAGGACCUCAUCCACAAGUGGGAGGAGAAAUCACGGGAAUUCAUUGGGAAUUUCCUGGAGCUUUUUGGACCAGAUAGAGCAUGGCAUGUUAUCCAGGAGCGCAGUGGCCGCAUGCUCCAGGCCCUGUCACCCUAUUCAUCGCCUCGUGGAUCUCCCAGCAGCAGCCCUACCAGAAGACGUCCAGAUUCACCUGAAUCACUUUCACCCUCUGCCUCUCCUCCUUCCUCGCCAUCCCCAUCCCAAAACAGGACCCAUUCUUCUGUUAAGGAGACGUCUGAUUAUUAGACACUAUGCUGGUACUCAGCGUGUCUCAUAUGUGGAAUGUGUACAGAUUGACUCCUUUAAUUUAUUAUGAGUGUGCUAAACUACAAAUGAGAAAGGAUGUUGUACAUAAUAAAGCAAAGC